GCCACUUUAUCGGUUGAAAACAAUUCGGAGAGCGACCGUGGGAUUUAAUAGGAUACGCCGCUAUCACGUCGUAUAAUAAGAACACGAUGUCUGGAUAUACAACACUGACAUGAGCAAGGGAGGGGCUGCUGCAAAACACACUGAUAGAAUGAAUGCAAAGAGCCAAAAGAACACUUCCUGUUGAUGCAAAAAUUGCAGCAGCAACUGUCUGACACAUCUGGACUGGAGAGGGGGGGAGGCCUGGCUGUAGUGUUAGCGAACUACUGAGGGGAAUGGACAACGAUUCAUGUUAAUCUGGAAGACGGCAGUCGGCAAACUGGAGAAACAUAUCCAAGAAAUGGACGACGGCAGCUACAUCGAGUUUGAUGUGCCGGAGUUCAGUAACACUGUACUGACCCAGCUCAACGAGCUGCGGCUGCAAGGGAAGUUGUGUGACAUCAUUGUUCACAUUCAGGGCCAGCCAUUUCGAGCCCACAAGGCUGUGCUGGCAGCUAGUUCACCCUACUUUCGUGACCACUCAGCCCUCAGCACCAUGAGUGGCCUUUCCAUCUCGGUCAUCAAAAGCCCUGAGGUGUUUGAGAAGCUUCUUGCAUUCUGCUACACAGGACACAUGUCCCUGCAGCUCAAGGAUAUCAUCAGUUUCCUCACUGCAGCUAGCUUUCUGCAGAUGCAGGCCAUCAUUGACAAGUGUACCCAAAUCCUGGAGAGCAUCCACUCCAAGAUCAGUAUCCCAGUUACCGUCUGCAGCCCAGAGAAGGACGACCUGCAGACCAGCCACAAUGGGGUCAAUGACAGCAACCUCUUUAUAAACCCUACCCAGAUCUCCCCCCCUUACUACUCCCGGCAGAAUCAGGCAGGACACGAAGCGCGCUUUGAGCUGGCUGCAAAAGGCCUGGGCCGGGGGCGGCCGCAGCAAGAGGAGGGCCAGUCGGACCGAGGCAGCAGUGAUAGCGUGUCAGAACAUGAUGCUCCCAUGGAGGGAGAAACAGAGCAAGUGGAACUGAUUGGCAAAGAUGGGCAAGUAACAGAUGUGCAUGUGAAGAUAGAGAAGCCCGACAGGCCCUCUUACUCCGAUAGUUCUUCAGCUGGUGAUGAUGGCUACCACACAGAGUUGGUGGAUGGAGAACAGGUUUUGGCUGUUAGUGUGGGUUCCUAUGGUCCUGUCAUCCAGUCUGCUACCUAUUCUUACUCAGGGCUGACCUCCCCUUGCUUUGUCAACCUCAGCAACUCCAGUCCUUCCCGCUCGAUACUCAGUGGCUUCAGAGGUGGGCGAGCCAGGGCAAGGCGUCCCUUGGCCAUCCCCGCAGGGGUGCUUAGUCAUAUCAAACCAGGCUCAGAUGACAGCGAAUCAGCUGUGGGACCUGCAGGGUUGGAGAACGAUGUGCGAGAGCGCUGCCAGCGGAGCCAGUGGUACCCCUACAAUGAGAGACUCAUUUGCAUAUACUGUGGGAAGACCUUCAAUCAGAAAGGGAGCCUGGAUCGUCACAUGCGCCUGCACAUGGGAAUCACCCCAUUUGUUUGUAAGUUCUGUGGCAAGAAGUAUACAAGAAAAGACCAGCUGGAGUACCACAUCCGUGGCCACACAGACAACAAGCCCUUCCACUGUCAGAUCUGUGGAAAAUGCUUCCCAUUUCAGGGCACCCUUAACCAGCACCUGAGGAAGAAGCACAUGGGAGUAUCAGAGGGCAGUAAUCAUGUGGACUCUCCAGAGAGGACGGAGGGAGGCUCAGGUCAGAAGGACCAAGAGGAUACGUCUGAGGGGAUUGCCUUUGAGGCGCAAUAUGCAGAGGAGGCACCAGCCAAUGAUAUGGAGGAGAGUUCAAAAUGCAGUCCGGAGGAGGCUCAAGCAUCAAGAUGUGAUUUUUAGGUCCUUGCUUCAGGUUAAGGAAGCUUUAAGAAAUGUUUAUUUCAACUCAACUUAAAGGACUUUACUUCUUUUUGAAUCGGCUCCCUCCACUAUGGACUUUUCUUGCGUCAAGAGUUUCUGUCAAUUUUAUGAAAGUUAGAUGGUGAAUGCAGAGAGCAAAUGGGUGCUUUAUAGAAAUUUGAUUCUUUCAAGCAAAGGGAGUAACAACUUACUAUUUUUGAGGAGGUCACAAUAAUCACGACCCCCUCAUUGAUUUUCUCUUUUUAUCUUUCCAUGUUUUUUAAAACAUAUUUACAGAGUUAUAUAGGCAUGUUGCAAUAAUUGAUAAUGUGAAAGCUCUGGUAAGAUGCUAGUCAUAUCACCUUUUUACCUGACCUGUUUUUGCACAUGUGGCCACAGGAGGUCACUUACUCACAAGGAAUGAUUUUUCUGCCAGUGCAAAGCUUCGUGUGACAUAUCCGUUCAAUACCUCAUGAUGCAACUACAUACUCAUAAUAGACAGUAUUUUAACUUAAACGAAACUCACCAGGUUCUACCUCAUAGCCAAGAACCUACCAGGCACAGAUGUAUUCACCGUUUUGAAAUCCGUUUUAGGUUGUAUGUACAGUAUCUUAUUGCCAAACCCUGUAAAGAAUAUUCUCUCAACACAAAGCCUUGAUACUUAGGGGAAAUAUUCCUUGCUGAUUGUAUGGAUUCGGGACAAAGUCCUUGUCAAAUGUUUCAUGGUCAGCCAGGUUAAAUUUAUGAUUAAGAAGGUGCUAUGUUAGGAGUGCAUUACAUUUGCCAGAUUUCCUUCAUGUCUGUUUUUGGUGAUAGAGAGAAUAGAGUAAGAAAUGGCUCUGUAUACUUUUCAAGAUUUUGCUGUCUUAUAAUGUUGGUUCCACAAAACACUUUUUAUCUCAUCACUACUGCAGAUCUUUGUUGGCCAAGGUGUGGCUCUUGAUGCUAUCAUCCAUGUAAUGGGUGAAUUAUGUCCAUACAGUGAAGUCAUUUGUAUUCCUCUAUACUCUGAUUGCGGACUUAUACUGAAUUAUUCUAUGUGUAAAUUGUUUUGUCCUGGGGUAGGCUUCUAGGUUUAUACUCAGUGUCUAACAGAGACAGGAGUACUUCAACUCAGCACAGUAGGAACAGCUCUGAGUCUGUUCACACAAAUCUUCAUAGUCUGAAUAAUAUGCAAACAGAAAGAACAAAGGAAUCUCAGCCAUUUUGACAUGGUUUUUCUUCCAUUAUUUGAAAGAGCUAGCUUGUUUCCUUUUUUUCAUUCUGUCCUACCCUUUAUGGUGGGACCAUUGAUCUGUGAUCUUUCUUCUCUGUAUUGGUUGGGGUCAAACGCAGACUUUGAAUAUGUUUUCCGCAUUUGUCAGUCCGACUUUGGUGUUGACACUUGUGGCAUAGCUAGAUUACAGCUAAGAGUAAAAUGUUGGUAGGGUUAAGUGGUGAUCCAAAGUAUUGAUGCACUUUGCAGAGUUAGUGGGUGGGGUCGGUGCUGUCCCAUUGAUUAAAAUGUGCUAAUUUCUGUCUUAAUUCUGGUGCAGCAGCAGAGUAGUACAUGCUUCACAGCGGUUUGUUGAGACUCUGCAAUCACAUGAAUACUAUUGGCUACAAGCCAUGCAUAUGGCAACAUUAUAUUUUAUCUAUACUGUUUGAACCAUGGGGAUCAGGGAUGGGGGUGGUGUUAGUAUAUAGAGACUUGGUUUUAUUUCCAUUGUGAUUUAAGAUAAUCUGCAUUCAUAGUGAAUACAUAAAAGGCCUGAUUGGUUAUCAUGUCAUAUUUAGCAAAUUUAAUGCUCAGCUGGGUGGUCCCCUUUGUGCUAUCCUGGUUUCUUAUUUGCCAUCCAGCUGGUUAAUGCCUUUUUAGAAGAGCACCUGCUUUAUGCUUUUAUUUUGUCCCGUCUGGUCCAUGCUGAAUUUGUGCCAACAAAUUGAGAUGGAUUAUUUCACAGUUAUAUAAUUUUCUACUUUGUGUGCAUUUGGUGCGAGAAUUUGCUGUUUUAUUGCUUAUGUGUAAUGUUAUGUCAAGAGAGCAGUCCUUUUAUUCCACUGAAUGUGCUGUCAUCGUCUUCACUCAUUAAGAGUUAGGAUAGCAAACCAAGCUUUAGAGGGUUUUUGCAAAAAAUCGGUAUAGCUAGCUUUCCGUUCAUUUUAUGUCAAAGGAUUUACCACAAACACUUCAUCAUAUGUCCACCUUUACAAUACGUUUUAGAUGAAUGUUACCAAUUCAAGUUAAUUUCUGCCAGCUACAGAUGUGGUUUGCAGAUGUGACAGCUGAUCUGACCUCAACAAAUCAGUUUCCAAAUAAUUUUGGAAAGAAAUAAAUUACUUUAAUCUGCCUAUGAUGAUUCUUGCCCUUUAUCUAGAAAAAAAUAGGAAAUGCAUACCUUCUUGCAUUAUUGUCAGCAAUGUUUUGUGAGUUAAAGGGUACAAACUGCUAAAACAAUUUUGUGCCAAGAGUUCACACCAAAGACUGAUGGGUGAUUUUUGACAGUAAAUUUAUUGACUGUAUUGUGUAAUUGAAUGCUCAUUAAAAAGAAUAAGUUCCUAAUUUAAUGUAGGUCUAGUUCAUUGCAGUUUGCAAGGAAUGUAUGUUUCCCAGCUUAUAACAAUCACUUGUGUACAAUUUGAACAAUUUGCUAAGAAUUCAUUACGCAGCGAAGUCAUAAGUAACAUAUAUUAAGCCAUACGAAAGCUGACAAUAUAAAAGUUGUGCAAUAGGUAUUGUAAUUGUUUAAAGCCAAUGUAAACAAAAGAGAGAAUACUUCACAAAAAGUGGCAUCUUAAACUUAGUGCCUUGCCACAAGCUUUACAUUUUAGAUUCUGGCACUUAGAUUCCUGUGCCUCUUUCAUUUUUUAAUGGAUUGAACAGAGAGAUUAUAAUAAGAUAUGGCCACAUCAUUUAUUGUGAAGUGGUGCCAAGAAUGAAAAGAAAUUAAUUCAUGUAAUUCUUGUCCAUUUUGUAGUUGGAGUCCGAUCCCCCGUUUUCACUUUUUAUUAUUUCUGUCAACGUGGUGGACAACUGAUUUAAAGGUUUAACUGCUUUUGUAGCAAUUGAUUACAAUCAAAUGAGGCAGACUUGUUCUCUGCAGGCCAUUGCCCUAUGUUCAGAGACUAUACUGUAUCCCUCCUCUCUAACCACUGAGGACAAUCUUAGCAGUGUACUAUAGUUUUAGGCAUUUAAAUGAAGGAAGGAGAUGCAUGAGAAACGCAAAUCUACUUCCUCUCUGUUCUCUUGGCAUCUGGCAAGGGGAACAGCUGCUCGGGUAUUUAGCAGACAAACUGAAUAUUUGCGGAGAAAAAAAAAAAAAGCUUACUCUCAUAUACUGUAGCUUAAUUGCACGUUGCUCAGCCACAAAAUUGUAUAAAAUUGCCAAUGGAUAUUUUUUUUUUUUUUAAUUUGAGUUUUCUUGUAUUUGUGUUAUCAAUUGUGCACUUACAGUUUUUCAGUGAUAGUAAAUUCCCUCCUGGAAGUUUCGUUUAACUGUAGUUACCCUGAAGGGACUCAGCUGUGAUGGCCUCAAUCACUUCGGUAGGGACCUUUCCCCUUAAACGGUGCUUUUAGACUAGUCAGAUUUUUUUUUUCUUUUAUCAUCAAAUGAGUAAACAAGUCCAUGUAAUCAUCAAAGGUGAAUGGAGGGGAAAUUGUUUUAAUGCUUUUCAUCAACUGUCAUUACUUAAGUGAUAGUACGCCCACACAACCAACUGAACUUGACACACUCGAAUCGACUCUUAGUUCCACACCUCCGAAAAGGAACAGGAGAUGCAUUAUGGGCCACAAGUAAUCAAAAGGAAGUGUUUACAGGGAAGGCUGUCAGACUACUUUUUGAAAUUGCAGCUCGUCCUAUUCUUUUUAUAAUAAACUCACUUCAGGUAGUUUACAAACACUGAUACAGGCUUAGAAAAAAAUCUUAAGUCUUCCAUAGCUUUUCUGUCAGUUUCUGUCCACUGUGUAUUAUAAGAAAAGAGCAAUAACCUUUUUAAAAGUGGUGUAUUGGGAUCAUCAAGCCUAUUGAAAUAUUGGCCUGUCGUCUAUCAAACUAACUGAAUGUCAGGGAGCUGUUGAAUUGAAGUAGGACCAGGAAAAUUUGAUAUCGAUUUAUUUUUUAUAUAUUUUCUGAAACUUUGGACUGGUUGGCUUCCUCCUCAGAAAAAAAAAAAAUAUAAAAGCGAAAAAAGUGGUGUUGCUAAAUGCUCGUCGAGAUCCAGUGGUAGUCAGUAAACUGCAACACAAGAACUGAGCGUGUGGUUCAGUCGUCGAACUUAGUGGCACUGUUCAGAGUUGUACCUCCAGCUGUGUCAAAUAAUGAAAGGGAUUUGGGGCUGUAUAGCCACUGUUUUGGGAGCGGGCGGUCUGUUGUCAUGCUGAUGUUCAGUGGUCUCCUUUGGCUCCUCAGGCACUGAGACUGUAGUUGUAGUUGUUUAGGAUCAGUGGGAAAGUUUUCAGCUAUUGCUCCUUUUCCUUUUACAACUCCCUAAAUGCUGCGCUACAACGUCUCUGGCUCAUGUAUUUGGUGACAAGGCAAAAAAAAAAACUUAGAACUCAGGGUAUAUAGUGUUAAAAGUGGUCUCAUUGGACAUACAUCUUAUGUCCAUAGUAUAAUUGUGCACUUCUCUUCAGGUGGGGAAACAAGUCCUCAGUCAGUGGUUCCCAAACAUUCUGCCUCAAGGUCUCAAUGAGCCCAUAUUUUCCACAGAGCUGACGCUCGAGAAACACUGGAGACCCUAAACUGAAGCUAUGGCAGCCGAAGUGUCCCAACUCCUGUUCUGUCCACUCUACACACAACCUCACAACCCAACUGUGAACCUCAGAACUCUACUGUUUUGUACAACUAUGAAGUAAAUGAAGCUAGCUAGAGCUGAUGUUGUAUCUAUUGCCAUUUAUGAAUUUAUUUUAUAGCAUGAAAUAAAAUAUAUUUAUUCAAAUUAUAUAUUUUACUCAUAAUCAUUCUGUGCUGCUUCAUUUUGGUUCUUAAGCUUGUAAAUUGCUUUUUUAUUAUAUGAAAAAAUGUCAAUAGAAUAAUGCGUUUGUAAAAUAAAGACGCUGAUUUGGCUCUGA